UCACGAUAUGUCAAAUUUAAAAAUUAAUCAAUCUGUCAACUAGCGUGCAAGUUGCAUUUUGUCGUCGUAUUUAUUUACUGAAAAAUAUAGCAAUUUUAAUAAUCCAAUCAAAAGUUUUAUUCAUAAUAAGGUUUAACACACUUAAAUAAAAUGCAGGAAGAUUUGGAAGUCACUGGAAUUUCUCGCAGCGGUCGUGUCAGAAAGAAGAGUUCUAAAUUAAUGGACUUUGAGUCCCCUGAUGAUAUUGAGACGAGAUAUCGUCGUCAGACUCCUGUGAAACCGUUUGUCGGGUUCCGGCAGGAAGAGACUGAAUUUCAGCAGCAAGAGAGUACCCCUUCGCGUCAGGUUGAGGAAGCAGGCACUGCGUCCGGCAGUGAAUCUGAUUAUUAUGAUAAUCCUGGAGAAAAUGCUGAUAGUGGAGAACCACAAAAUUGCAGCAUGGAGUCAGACAGCUCAGCGUCAGACGAGGGUUCCACGCGGACUCCCGCUAACUCCCUCUAUAUGAUGGAGAAGAGUAGCAAGAAGAAGCUGAUAGUUAAAGACGGAAGAGUGAUUGGUAGGGCUAAGGCUCAGAGGAAGGAUAAAGGUAAAACCCGCAUAACAGCAUACAUGAUGUGGGCUAAGGAAGCACGUAAUGAGUUGUUACGCAAACAUCCCGAUAUGGACUUCUCAGCCAUCUCCAAGCGGUUGGGCGAGAUGUGGUCUAAUGUAAACUACAAUGAGCGGUAUCUAUGGAAGCGCAAAGCCAAGCGGUUUGCCAUGCAGAAGGAACAGAGCAACCAGCCUGCUAAUAAAAUUAUAAUUUCUAACCCGAGUCGUCCGUUAUCGACGGGCGGGCCCGGGCGUCCGCGCGGAGCCGCGCGCGCUCCGCCCGCACCCGUCACGCCGCCAUCACAAGCUGUCGUGCCGGUAUCGACGCUGUGCAGCGCGGGCAUGUACCGCGUGACGGGCUGCGGCGCCGUGGACGUGGCGGCGCAUCUCCGACUGCUGGGGGAGAGUCUCGCUAUCAUCGGCGAGAGGCUCAAAGAGCAUGAGGGCCAAAUAGCAGUGUCAGGCUCGGUGUCAGUGCUGUUAGACACUCUGCUGUGCUCGCUAGCGCCGCUGCUGAGCGUGUGCCGCGCGCUGCCCGCCAUCGCGCCGCCCGCGCGGAUACUGCAAGACACGCUGCACAACAUCGCCUAUAUCAUGCCGGGACUCUAGACAAGGAAGAAGUUGACAGCCUAAACAUCUUCUGAACACACGCUCAGCAAAGAAAAACACGCUGUAUAAAAUCGCUUAUAUAUCAUGCCGGGACUGUAGACAACUAAGAAAUGAUGAUCGGAGAUUUCAAGGCCCUAGACCUCUAAAAACGUUUUAAAACCAAAUUAAGCCAAAUCUGUAGAGCCAUUAUCGAGUUUUAAUGCGAAUAACGAAUAGCAAUACAAGAAGAACUGUAUACUUGUAGGUAUACAGUAGGUGACGUCAUCAUCUUUAAAUUCAAAAUGAAACAAAUAUUACAUUUAUGUAUACUAAUGAAUUUUAAGCUAAAAGUGUGAAUAAAAUUGGUUAAAUAAUGAA